AUGCCCGACCGAAAGAGAUACCUGAAACGACGCUGGCAGAACCUGGGAUCAGCUGCGAAGAAGAAGCUUCGUCUGCCGAUGAAGCGUAAAUCAUCGUUGAGCGAGGACACAAUUACCGAUACCGAAACAGAUGUACUAGCACUUGGAGAUGAAGAAGAAAGACUGUUAAACCACCGUGGAUCAGAUGGCCCUCACACACCCGAGAACAAAAGCUCAUUAUCGUUAACGAGCAUGCUACGUCGCCUAACUCCAUUCAAGAGCUCUUCUCGCCCUGGGCGUACCCACCUUGAUUCCUAUUCAGAAUUUCCAUCGAUAGUACCUCCUGAGGCAGGAACCAAUCCUUUUCCUUCGGCUAGCUAUGCAUCUAUGGAAGAAACUUAUUCAAACGUGUCCACGUCAUCGUCCGAGCAAGGAUGCUCAGACGAAGUCCUGACUGGUCAGUCAUCCAUGGAUCCUAUGGCCUCUCGCCGGAGUAAUAUUUCCGGAGUAUUUGGCGGGCAAGGGGUCGAGGAGGUUGAGGAUGAGGAUAUGGUCAAGCAGAGAGAGAACGCAGCACGGGACAGAGGUGUGUACAAUGGCCAGGGCUUCUUCCUGUACAGCGAGGACUCUGGCAGCUGUGGUACAGAGGAAGAGGUAGUGUUCAGGAACGACAGGCCCGAGGAUAUUUGCGAGGAACACUGGACUGAAGGUGAAGACUGGAGAGAGGAGCACAUACCCAUAGUUCAGGGUUCACCUCUGUCAUUCCCUGAAAUAUCGACCUCUGCUGGUCUUUCGACGUCCAUUCAGCCACCUAUCGUACUCUCGCAAUAUGUCCCCGGGCAGCCUUUCAUUCCCGACAAUCUUCCCUUCGAACCUCAGAUCACUCCGACACCGUACUGCUGGACGCCGUCUGGCGAGGUCGCUCUUCAGGCACUGAUGGACGUCACCACGAUUCUGAGCCCACGUCGAGUGAGCGGAAAGGGCUAUAAACCUUUCCCGUUCCCUGGCGAUGAGGUUUUGCGACGACGGCUGAUGAUGAUACAAAUGCACCUACGUACCUUCACGUCUACCAACCAGAGACUGCAUCGACCAUGGACGGCCGCUUCACUCGAUACUGCUGUUCACUUCGCUAGAGGCCCGUGGACCGCUAGAAGAAUCCGUGAAUGGACCCGAGCAUUCAUCGAGGACCGCGAUAACCUUCCCUUCAAUCUUUACGGCACCUGGAGCACGAGUUUACUCGACGAGGGCGAGCUCGCUCAAGAGAUCUUUGCUCACCUUCAAUCAAUCGGCAAAUAUGUCCGUGCCCAGGACAUAUGCGACUAUCUCGCCACACCGGAUGUCAAGGCGAGAUAUAACCUGACACACACAAUCUCUCUCACGACUGCCCAACGCUGGAUGCAUCUCAUGGACUAUCGCUGGACGAAACGCCCGGAUGGUCAAUAUGUCGAUGGACACGAACGAGAGGACGUUGUUGCUUACCGUCAAGAGAAAUACCUGCCCACACUGGCCGAACUCUCUCGAAACAUCAGAUUCUGGGACGACUCACUCCAAGAGGCACGGGGAGGGCCUGAGGCUGUAUGGGUAGUGAUUUGGUGGCAGGACGAGAGUACGUUCUAUAUGAACGAUCGUAGAAUCGUGCGAUGGGUCCACAAGAGCGAGACAGCAGAGCCAAAGCCAAAGACCGAAGGCACAUCUCUUAUGGUUGCGGAUUUCGUAUCUGCAGAUUUCGGAUUCCUGCGUUCGCCAGAUGGAGUAGAUUCAGCCCAGGUUUUCGUCCGUGCGGGAAAGAACAAGGACGGUUACAUCACCUGCGAGGAUAUCUGCGACCACGCAACAACUGCAAUGGAUAUUUGCAGCAAGCACUGGCCCAACGUGAAACAUGUCUUCGCCUACGAUAACGCACCGUCUCACGUUAAGCGUCCGGAUGGCGCCCUAUCCGCUCGUCGUAUGCCAAAGGGUCCGAGCGCUACAUACUUUGCAGAGCGAAACGUCUUCGACUCGCACGGCAAGCGUCUCUACGAUGAGCACGGAAAACUCAGGAAAAUUAGGGAUGUACAGUAUACCGGAGCAAUUCAUAACGGCGUACCUCAGUCCCUCUAUUUCCCCGACGAUCAUCCCACUCACCCAGGCCAGUUCAAGGGAAUGGCCGCUAUCCUCAUCGAGCGUGGUUUCGACAAUGCCGCCAACCUGCGAGCCGAAUGCAAGAACUUCAAGUGUGCACCGUCUCUGGACAAGUCACGUCGACUAUGUUGCUGUCGCCGGAUCCUUUACGAAGAGCCCGACUUCGUUGGAGUUGAGACGCAGCUCGAGUUACACUGCAAGAAGCGUGGAUUCCAGGUGAUCUUCUUGCCGAAGUUUCACUGUGAGUUGAAUCCGAUUGAGCAGUGUUGGGGGGCUGCAAAGAGGAGGUAUAGAGAGAUGCCCAAGACGACGAAGGAGCAUGAGUUCGAGGGGUAUGUGAAGAGCGCUUUGAACGAGGUCGCAAGCGAUCUCGUCAUGAUUCGCAAAUUCGUCGCUCGCUCGUUCAGGUUUGCAGAAGCGUACCGCAUCGGUGCUGACGAUCAAAGUGUUCAAGUUAUCAUGUUGUAG